AUGUCCCUAUCUCACUAUUUUUACAACACUCUUGGGAAACAGCACAAAAAUGAGGAAAGACUAAGCUUCAUGCUAGCAGCUUUUUCUUUUUUCCCCAAGAUUGUCCGAGCAAUGACACAUGUGAUUGAUCGGGGGAUGACAAUGUAUUGGGGGACUUCGCGCUGGAGUGCCAUGGAGAUUAUGGAAGCAUAUUCGGUUGCAAGACAGUUUAAUAUGAUCCCACCCGUAUGUGAACAAGCAGAAUAUCACCUUUUCCAAAGAGACAAAGUUGAAGUUCAGUUGCCAGAAUUAUACCACAAGAUAGGAGUUGGAGCAAUGACUUGGUCUCCGCUUGCUUGUGGGAUUAUCUCAGGGAAAUAUUCCAGUGGAGUCCCCGAAGGAUCAAGGGCAUCCUUGAAGUGCUAUCAAUGGCUAAAGGAGAAAAUUGUGAGCGAGGAAGGAAGAAAGCAACAAACAAAACUGAAAGAACUUUUCCCAAUUGCUGAACGCCUUGGAUGUACACUACCUCAGCUAGCAGUCGCAUGGUGUCUUCGUAAUGAAGGUGUGAGUUCUGUUCUCCUUGGAUCAUCCAAUGCUCAGCAAUUGAUAGAAAAUCUGGGUGCCAUACAGGUUCUUCCAAAGAUGACAUCUCACAUUGUGAAUGAAAUUGAUAAUAUUUUGGGGAACAAACCUUUCUGCAAAAAGGACUACAGAUCCUAA